AUGUUUCCGGAGAAGGUGUGGCCGGAGGGGUUUGACCCGGCGGCGAGGGGUGAGAAGGUGAAAGUCAUACACACAGAUGGCCGUGUCUCUCCGGGAUACUACCACACCCACGAACCCGAGCCAGGCUCAAAGAUUGUUAUCUACAGUCCUCGCAUCCUCCAACGCUGGCGCAAUAAAUUCUGGGAAUGGGAAGACUCCCGUGCCCAAGCUCGUAGAGCCAAACGAGGCCGCAUCCACGCAACAGCAGAAACCGUACAAACUGUAGGCAAAUGGGCGUGUUUUGGGCCAGUUGCGUUUGCGGUGUUACCAGCUGUGUUGUCUGUGUGUUGUGUGUGGAAGACUGGGAAAGCGAUUAAGAAUGCGGAGCCGGAGGUUGGGGGUGGGGUACUCGCAAGGAGGAUGGGGCAUGGGGAUGGGGGUUUGAGGACGGCUGGGGAGGUCGAUGCGUUUGGCUGGAGAGGGCGUUGCCUUGAGGGGUGGAGUGGGGGAUGGAGGGGUUUGUGUUUUGAGAGUGUGAGUGUGGGAAAGGCGCUGGUAACCCACUGGACGGCUUGA